ACUUUUCGGAGACCAUUAGAGGUGGGGCAGGGGAUGAGGUCGAUUAUGACCGAUGGCCGUGAAAUCCAAGUAAUGAAAGACUGGAGCCAAACGGAGGGUGCGGCUGUUCACCAGGGAUUGGCCUCACCAAAAGAGUACAGUAGUCAGCGUGCAGAAUGGAGAGUCCCCAUCAACCGCAAACUAGAGGACCUAUCGGCCGCCAUUAGUUCUCUUCAAACUGGCGGUUCAACAGCCAUACCCCAAGACGUCAGCUGGAGAGAUGUUUUCGACUGCAUUGGAGAAGCGAAACAGACAUAUGAGAAAAAGGCUGAAGAUAAUCGAUUCAGAGGAUGGGUCAGGAAGGGCGAGAUAGCAAUAGGCAUCUUAGAACGCCUUUCUGAAGCUAUUCCCGAUGAGAAUGGCCUCAGCGUCCUCAAAACAGGAUUGGUGUUCAUUUUUCAGUCUUACAGAAAAAGACUUUCCAAUGUGGGCAAUAUUCUGCAAGAAUUCGAAGACGCUCCUGGCGUCUUGGCUAGCGUCUAUCAGAUAUGCGACGUCUAUAACAAAGAAAUAAGACUGAAGAAUCUGGUUUGGGAUUUCUAUGGGAUAAUGGUGGACAGCCUUUCAGAACUUAUGAUAAUCUUGAAUCGCACAUAUAAAGAGGGAAAUGUUUUUAAAAAGGUUGUUAAGCAGAUUCCUGAAGUAGAGGCUGCAAAGAUAGGUGAAAUCUCCAAAAGAAUCAGCAAGGCAAAGCAAACAGUCUUCGAAGCUACGGCCCAUUUAGACCGACAGGUAUGGCAAGAGACUAAGACUUCGGCUCAGCAAGGACGAAUAGCAGCGGAGGCUACUCGCAAGACGGCUCAUGAUAUCAGAGCCAGGGUAAUAGACCUACAACAAGAAACCAGCGAAGGACAUGAUAAGCUAUCUUCUCAGGUGGACCAGUUCCGCUCUCAGAUGGUCGAUGCGGCUGAUCAAAUGGGCGACCAAUUGGCGCAGACUAAAAGACAGAUAACUAAAGACGGGGAAGAGAGGAAGCAGUUUGAGGCAGGAUUACAAAGACUCGUCGAUGCGUUGCCUGCGUCGAUUCAUGAGCAGCUGCAGAGCGCAUUGUACCAGUUUGUAGCUGAUGCCAUCGUUCAGCGACAACUUUUCGCGCUCCCCUCAAACAUUAUCUCUCCCAACUCGCCACCCCUGCCUCUCGUUCAAUAUGCGCAAGUACUAAGUGAGAGCGACAUCAUCAACUUACUGCAAACGCCUGAUCCAAUAGGCGACGCAGAUCGUAUCCUCCGCAAAGAAAGCUUGAUGAGUGACGAGGCACUGGGAUAUGCCACAUUACUGAGGCAAAAGCGUCAGUUCAAGGAAUGGCUAUCAUCAGACUGGCCCAGCCUGGUGCUUGUUGAUGGCUGCAGCCGCGGGGAAAGUGUAGGAAGAACAUCCCCCAUGUCUUUUUUUACCGCUUCUUUUGCUUCAACUCUUAUUCGGGCUGAGACUGGUAUUGUGUUACAAUUUUUCUGCGGCCAUCAUAUUGAUCCCCAGAAGGAGAAUUCAGGGCCGAAGGGCCUCUUGCGCAGCAUCAUCAGUCAGCUGAUUCUAUAUCCGAAGUCUUAUAAUCUGUCGCUCAAUUUUGUUGAUCAAGGUUUGUACGACGCCGUAGCGGCAAGCAACACUGAGGCACUCUGUUAUUUUUUUGAGAAACUAUUUUGGCAGAUACAGCCAGACACGAUAAUCUACGUACUUAUAGACAGCGUUUCGGAUUUUGAGUCUGAUCUUCACGAUUACGGGGAAAGGAUGGACCGAGUUCUUAUUUUGUUCCAAACGCUAAUUGGACAAGUUCUCCAAGGAUUUGCCGCUGGGCCAAAGCUGAAGCUGUUCAUGACAAGUCCUAAUAGGAGUCAUAGGCUCAUCUAUCGGGUUGACCAGGCUAAGGAAAGUAUUCGGCUGAAUGCAGCGGCCUUGGGCGACAUUUCUAGAAGUGGUGAGAGAUCACUGCGAGAAAUAAGACGGGCCAGGUCACCUCUC